AUGCUACUGCGAAGCUCCUCAACCCCAUUAAUGAACUCAUCAAGCCUUACGCACUGUAAGGAUCAAUACUCAUCAUCAUCAUCAUCAUCAUCGACCCCGGAGCUACCCAACUCAAGAUCUUCAUCAUCAUCAUUUGAUGUCUCUAAGAAGAAGAAGCUGAUAAGAACCCUUUCUGAAAACGACCUCAAAGACCUUAGAAAUUCACCAACCACACCCACUAAGUCAAAAUGCAUGGCUCCGGCGCCGGCGCCGACGAUGCAUGGCUUGAUAUUGUCACCAGUUACAGUGAAUGAAGAAGACGAAGUGGGGCCGUCUACUGAUGACGAGCUGUUAACGUUGUCUACCUACUCAAAAGGGUUGGAGUUAGUAGUGGCAGCGAAUGAUGAUGAUCAGGCCGGGAGUCUGCCGGAGGUUCUAGUGGUUGGCGGCGGAAAUGGAACCGGCGGAGGCGGAAGGAUUUGUCACGGCGGAGGAGGUGGUGGCGAUGGUGGCGGAGACGAUGGUAACGACGGUUCGGAUUAUUGGGAUCCGUACCAUGAUAACAACAACAACAGUACGGAUGUGUACUACCAAAAGAUGAUCGAAGCCAAUCCAACCAAUUCGCUGCUCCUCAGCAACUACGCCAGAUACUUGAAAGAGGUCCGAGCAGAUUACGACAAAGCCGAAGAGUAUUGUGGAAGAGCGAUAUUGGCUGAUCCUGGGGAAGCAAACGUGCUAUCAUUAUACGCCGAUUUGAUAUGGCUUACCUACAAAGACGCCUCUCGUGCUCAAAGUUACUUUGAUCGAGCACUCAGAGCUGCCCCUAAAGACUGUUACGUCAUGGCUUCAUAUGCUCGCUUUCUCUGGGAUGCUGAUGAUUCCUGA